AUGGCGGCAGUGCAGCGGAUGACCCGUCAGCUCUCCGAAGAACGUGCUUCAGUCUUGGCUAAAGAAGCCGUCGAGUUGUCUAAUACUGGAGAUAAAGCGAAAGCUUCGAGGAAGCUUCGAGAAGCGGCUGCUCUUGGUCAUGACAAUGCCGAUGUCCAAGCCGCUUUCCGAGAAAUCCACAAUGAUCAGGACAAUUCGCCACUCCUGGAUUUGUGUCGCAGAUAUGCUCUCUAUCACAAUAAUGCUGCCGGUUCUGAGGCAGUAGCAUACUUGCGAGGUUCUGAUGCUGCCAACGCUGGAUCUGUGGCUCUGGAUUGUCUUCAGAUCAUUUUGGAGUGCAACCAAACCUCCAUGUCGGAGGAUCAGAAUUUUAUCAUUGCCGAACUCGCCAGACAGAGCCCUCAAGUACGACAAUAUUUUGCUUCAGAACUUCAAGCCUCAACUACAGAAUUCUUCGACAACGUCUACGAACGAGGCGACGACGCUGCAAAUUGUCUUCGCUCAGUGGUGCUCGAUGAUAAAAUCUGGUCCAGUGAGGAUGCAAGACUUCGUGUUGAGGAUGAUCUUUUCCAACUGUUUCUGGCCAAAUUAAUGGAAACUGGUCAUGAUCAUGACGGCAGAGCUUUGAAGGGUAUUGCCCUUCUUCUCAUUGCCGACCCUCAACGGUUGCAUACCUUUGUGGAUGAAGAAGCAUUCGAAGCUCUUAUGGGCAGCUUGGACUUGAGACUUCCCUCAGAUGUACGUGGCCAAGCCACUCUCGUCCUAUCCAAAUUCUUCUCCACCGACGAAUCUGCCGCUCAAGCUUUUUUUACCAACUACGUUACAUCACAUGUGACGCGACAAAAGGGCGAUGACCUCGUUCUCGCAUUCUCUGCUGCCGCCAGUCUCUUUCCCGUUAUUCCCAGCAUUGCAGCGCAACUGUUUUUGACAGAAGGCUUCCUUACAUCUUUGAUGCCUCUUCUCGGACGGCAAUUCAGCAGCACACUCGUUCAUGACGCCUUCCUCAUACUAUUGAAUGCUGCGUGUAUCGAUGGAGCGUGCCGCACAGCAAUUGCCCAACAUUGUGCCUCUUGGUUAUCUCACAAGGUCAGCAAUGGGAUGGGCAAACAACCAUCCAUUGCUGCCACUACUCUGGCAAAAUUAAGAACUUCGGGUGUGAAAGUGGGAGAACAGAGAGCCAACAUGGCGGAUGAUGAUGUUAGUGAACUCGUUGAUCUUUUCAAGACUACCCUCACUGUUGAAGAGGGGAGAAACGUUUCUGACUCGAUUGAAGGCCUUGCGUACACAUCUUUGAAAUCAGAGGUCAAAGAAUCUCUUGCCAAAGACAGGGAUUUUCUCGUCGCUCUGUUGAAGGCCCUUGAUUCCAAUCACGAUUCUCCUGAGGUCGUGGUGGGUGGCUUGAGCGUCUUCUCCAAUCUCACACAAUAUAGGCCAAAUCUCUCGGACGAGCAGAAAAAGAUGACUCAAUUGAAAGCUUACGCAAAUGCUACCAAGGCGGCCGAUCCAAGUCCCCUCGAAAACGAUGAUCAUGUUCGUGCGCGAUGUACAGCAGUGGUUGAAGCUGGCAUUGUCCCGACAUUGUCAAAGUUGAACAAGGGAAGAUCACCGGCUACCGCCCAACUUACAGAUCGAAUACUCCUGUCCCUUGCUAAAAAUUCAAAAGAUAGGGGAAAGAUCGCACAACAGGGAGCUGUUAAGUUGUUGAUAAUCCACGCACAAAGAAAUCUUCAACCGAAGGACAGUACCAACCCAGCCAAUAUUGACGCUGCUCAUGCCUUGGCCAGAAUUCUGAUCUCCCUAAAUCCUUCACACGUCUUUGCAGCUGGCUCAACGCCGCAUAUUACAGAUGCGGUUCCUCCUCUGGUGUCUUUACUCAAGGCUCCUGCCAGCGCUGGUCUAGCUGAUCAAGCAAGAGAUCUACUCCCUGUCUUCGAAAGUCUUCUCGCCCUGACCAACCUUGCAUCGGCUGCCGAGGCGACAGCAGCAAGUAGCAUCAUAAAAGGUGCAUGGGAUGACAUCGAAGAUCUACAACUGGGGAAUAAUAGUAUGCUUCGGCGUGCAGCCACCGAACUCAUUUGCAACUUGACUGUUAUACCCUCUGGUGCAGAGAAAUUUGCAGAUGGUUCCAAAAGAGCAAGCCAGAGACUUCACAUUCUUGUUGCCAUGGCGGACGUCGACGACCUACCCACUCGCCGAGCGGCUGGCGGUGCACUGGCUAUGCUAACAGACCAGUCUGCGUCUGUGAUUUCGGCAAUUCUGGAGUUCAAGAGGACACCAGAGAUUCUACUAGAGCUUUGCCAAGAUGAUGAUUCAGGGGUGGUGCAUCGAGGGUUGGUUGUGCUGAGAAAUCUUGUUUGCAAUGAAGACGAAAAGGUGGCGUUACAAGCGAAAGAAUUAUUCCAAGCAAACAACGCCACGGAAAAACUGAAAACGUGUUUGAAAAAGACCAAGGAUCCGGAACUGCUUCAAAUCGGUGUCGAGGUCCUCAAGGUCUUUGUGCAAAUCAACAAGCCAUGA